AAAAAAAAAACAAAUAAAUUACCAAGCUAUUAUGGAGAGUGAAGGAAACGGGAAAGUUGGAAUUAAACGUUCGCUAUCAUGUUCAGAAGAGGAAGAUGGAUUUUUGGGGUUCGAUAUAGCUGAACAAAAUGACAGUCAGCAUAUGAUACAGAAUAUAAAGAAAAUUUGUACAGACGAAUCUUCAGAUGCAGAAUCAUCGAUAUUAAAAAAGCAUUUACCCAAUCGUUCAACAGACAUACUGGAUCCUGCUUAUAAACUGCCUUUUAGAUACGGAUGGAAGCGUGAACUUGUUUUGCGAGCUGAGCCAUCAAUGAGUAAAGAAAAAGGUGAAGUUUAUUACAUUACUCCGAGUGGAAAAAAAUUAAGAACAAGACACGAAAUUCAGACGCAUCUUCAUGAUGACCUUACUAUCAAUAAUUUUACUCUUGUAAAGGAAGCGAUUGGAGCUGGUCCAGAUGAAAUCAUAAGACCUGCUAAAUAUUAUAACUAUGCUCGUCGAUCAAAUGUAGAUCCAGUAAUUAGUGAUGGUAAUCAACAGCCAUUACUUGGAAAGCGAAUUCCAAAGCCCAAAAUGCGUUUUGGAUCGAGUCCACCUCCACCGAGCACUAAUAAUAAUAAUAUUUCAUCGAUUAGUACAAACAACAGUUCUUUAUCGCCAUACCAAUCAACUAAUAAAAAUUUAUCGAGAGACAAUAGUCAAGACGCGACUAAAGUUGGAUCCUUUAAGAUUAAGCAAACCAGUUCUAUAAAGUCCAAAUCAAAAACUGGUGACGCGAGAUGUACUAUAAAUUGUUUGGCCGCUUUAGGGAAAAUACCGCAAUUACAAUGCAAAGUUUGUUUAUGUCUAUAUCAUCCUGAGUGCGCUAACAAAACCGCUAAUGUCGAUGGUACAACUUUCACAUGCGAGAAUUGUAAUUUCAAAUUUUCCAAAAGCGCUCAAAACACAACAAAAAAGCAUCAUCAGCCACCACCACAGCCUUACAACUCCGAUAAACCUCCUCACAAUUUUGAAAAUCAACCACAAACGCUUGUUACGUAUAAUGGAAAAAAAUUCAUUAUGUUUGAAUCCGACGAAAGUAGCAAUGACGCUAAAAAGAUUAUUAAUCGCGUGGUGAGUGUCCAGAAAACUGCUGACUCGACUGCGAAACAAGCCAAUCCAAGCUUCGCUCAGGAUGCUACUACAUCAAUAUCGCCGUUUAAUUUCUCGUCAAAUUUCCUUCGCAAUGUAUCAACGGGAUUCGAUGUUCUAUUGCAUACUUUUCAAUAUCUUAAAGUUCAAGAAUUACAGCGUGCAAGUCGAGUUUGUCGAAUGUGGAAUUUGGUUGGAAACAGUAGCAUAUUAUGGAAAACUGUUCGUAUGAAAAAUUCACAUGUUAACGAUUGGGAUGGAUUUGUAAAGACGUUAAAACGAAACGGAACUAUUCAUUUGGAUUUAAGAAAAGUUUUAAUGGGAAAUCAGGAUGAAUCGUGGCGUGAAUUUUCCGAUAAGAUUGGAGAGAUUAAUGAGUUACAAGGCAUUGAUUUAUGUCGUUGUACGUCAAAUGUAGUUGAAAAUUUGUUCAAGUCAAAUUCUAAAUUGAAAAUUAUAAAUGCUGUGUCGCUAAAGGACGAUAAGAUUAAUCUUGAGAGUCUUAAAUUGAGGGAGGGAGAUACAAUGUUGGAAGAACUAAGACUCCGAACAGUUAACAGCAAUAAUCUGACAGUACAAAAUUUUGACAUCCUUCCACUCAUCAACGUUCGACAUCUGUCAUUGACUACAAUCGAGAAUUUGUCAAGCAUAUUUAAUGAGAAUAAUCUUUUACGUAAUAUGAUUGCUUUGGAAUCACUAGAAUUGGGAUUUUGUGAGCAACUAAACGACCAGCAGAUUGCAGAAGAUUUGAGUUUUUUGAAAGUUUUAAAACGUUUACGCUUAGAAAAGGGCUCAAAUAAUUUCAGCAUUAAUAAAAUUUUAGUAUCUGUUGCAAAAUCACUGCCGAACCUGUGUCAACUUGAGCUAAUUAAUUGCGAUGUUAAGAAUAGUUUCGUAGAAUCAAUAUCGCAAUGUCAACAAUUGAAGCGAUUGCUAUUGAUACCGACUUAUGUUUCCCAAAGCGCUGCUACAAACUACAUGAUUAUGCAAGGAGUAAUGGAAUUACAAAAUUUAUUGAGUCUUCAUUGGGUCGUAACUAAUGAGCUUUUGCGCGUAACUGAACUAUAUCUCGAUCAAUCAGAUAGUCGAGAGAAGGGUAAAAAGUCGCCAGAUAAGCAUAGCGGAUUGUCACCAACAAAAGUCAGAGAUUGUAUUCCAGUCUUAAAGCCAGUUCCAGGCAAAUUGGAGGAAGACGAAGAUAUUGAAAAUACUGCUAAUAAACAACAGCAAGUGGAAAUCGUUGCCCUUAAAAUUGUCGAAUCAAUAUUGUCCAAGAAACUUGACAACACAAAAGUAAAGCUAUUAAAGAUUCCCCAUUCGAACACUUGGAAGCAAGUCUUGAUUGAAACAUAAUUGUCAUCAGCGCUCAAUGGUAAUGUUUUUAUAAUAAAGUUCAAAAAAAAAAAAAGAGAUAGAUAUGAAAUCAUAAGUCUAGAUUAUCGAGGUAUUAUCUUGUGUACAUAGAAUGUAAGUUCUUCAUUUUUACUAUCACACUGGUCUGCCCUUGUUCAUUUUAAUAUUUUGUUACAUUUCUCAUUUACAUUGAAAGUUCAUAAAAUGUCGCGAUAAUGUUUUACUAGAAAAAUUAAAGCCAAUAAAUGUAUUGAGAAACUUUCGC